AUGAACAGCUCAGAUUUGGGCAACAUUACAGUGCCUGGCUCAUUCUACUCGGGACUUCAAGGAGUCGAUCUUGCAAAGGAUGCCAAACUGGUCAAGAUGAUGUGGUUUACCAUUUUCUUGGUCGUGGGCAUGGUCUUUGCACUCCGACUCGCCCAACUCUUCGUCGCCUACAUCCGAAACAUCUUCUGCAUGACAGCCACCCCAGCCCAGCAGACCUACUACACACUUGACCAUUUUCCAUUGUGGACCUUUUUGAAGAAACAUCUGGUGUAUGCACCUUUGCUGCAUAAGAGACACAAUCGUGAACUUCAGAUGUCGAGCGUCGUGAACUACGGAACCAUCCCAGGCCGCAUUCACACUUUACUGCUCGGGGUUUAUAUUCUCUCCAACAUGGUAUACUGUCUCAUGCUGGACUGGAACACCCCUGAAAAGGGACGCCUGUACGCCGAACUGCGCGGUCGCAGCGGUAUCCUGGCGACCGUCAAUUGCGUCCCUUUAGUUCUCCUCGCUGCUCGCAACAAUCCAGCCAUUGCAAUGCUCCGAGUUAGUUUCGACACCUUCAAUUUAUUCCAUCGAUGGCUUGGAAGACUGGUGGUCAUGGAAGCUUUGAUUCAUUUCUUUGCAUGGUUGGCCGCUUAUAUCCUCGCCAAGGGCGAUGAUGCCACCGGCGCAAUCUUCCACAACAACAAGUUUCUGCAAUUUGGUCUAGUUGGCCUUAUAGGCAUGGUCGGCUUGGCCGUCCAUUCUCCAUCUCCUGUUCGCCACGCCUUCUACGAAACCUUCCUUCACCUCCAUCAAACUCUGGGCUUCCUCGCCCUGGUUGGCACCUACGCUCAUGUCGCUAGCAAGAUGCUUCCCGCUUUCCCAUUCAUCCUGACGGCUUGCCUCUUUUGGUUCGGAGAUCGUCUUUGGAGAGUCGCGCGGAUUAUCCACUUGAACCAUUCUCGAGGUGGCGGUAGGACCACCUGCACAGUCGAGGCUUUACCAGCCAAUGCCUGUCGAGUUACUUUCCAACUGCCACGACAUGUGACCAUCCGACCAGGAAGUCAUGUUUACGCUUACAUUCCCGCAAUCUCUCAAUGGAUGUCACAUCCUUUCUCUGUGGCAUGGACCAAUGCAGAGUCGGAUCCAUUGAUCGCACCACCUGAACUGGAAGCACCACCUAAAGAGUUUGAGACUCUGGACCAGCUGGAGCGUCAGUCUACGCGCACCAACCUCGCCGUCAAUAAAGAACCCACGAGAGUUUCUCUCAUUAUCUGUGCUCGGUCGGGGAUGACCAAGACCCUGUAUGACCGAGCAUUUGCAGCCGAGAACAAGCGGCUGCAACUGAGUGGCUUUCUUGAGGGACCUUAUGCAGGCCACGACUCGAUGAUAUCAUACGGCACUGUGGUCAUGUUCGCUGGUGGUGGUGGUAUCACCCACCACCUGAUUCAGAUUCGACAGCUCCUGAAAGGCGCUCGAUCGCAGACAGUGGCGACCCGCAAGAUCGUUCUGGUCUGGUCCAUCCGAGACACCGAUCCCAUGGAAUGGGUCAAGGCUUGGAUGACCGAGCUCCUCAACAUGGAAGGCCGACGUGAAGUCUUGUCGAUUCGAGUGUACGCCAGUAGACCCACGAGGGUCAUCAACGAGAAGAAGAACAAGGCUACCAUGCAAGUGCUCAAAGGUCGUGCCGAUCCCCAGGCUAUUUUGCAAGAGGUCAUUCCUCAGCGAAUCGGCGCUAUGAUGGUCAGUGUCUGUGGUCCUGGUGCUUUGGCCGAUGAGGUCCGCGCUGCGGUACGAGAUAAUCUUGAUGUUGCACGCAUCGAUUUCAACGAGGAGUCGUUUACCUGGUAG